AUGGUAGGCCCGUACGCCGUAAUAUUCGGUGUCCUUCCGGCGCUGAUCGGCACACUUACGCCUUCGUUGGUAAAUGGCACUGGAAGGGCGUGGUACAAUGUGCGCCAUGGGCUAGCUUCCGGGGGUUUUGGUACCGCUCUGAGCGCUCGAUCAACUCGGCACAAUGCCUUGGCCUUCCUUCCACGUUCCCCGAAGCAGCCGGAGCGAAAGUAUGCGUACGAGAACACGUCAUACAAGCAGAGGAAUGUGCGCCGAAAUAUAUACGAGGUGGACGCCCCAGCGUCUAAGGAACAUGCUAUCGCCUUUUUCUCGCAUGUGUUACAGGCCACGGCGAAUCCAGCGUUUGCUCCAGUAGAGGCACCCUCAGGAAGCUUUGUUACCCUUACUAAGCAGGUGUCAACGCUCGGACCAGCAACCAGCGAUGCAACUUCUCUUAAAUCACUCAUUGACGCAGGUACCGACAUUUUCAGGCUGAACUUCGCCCACGGCACUCGCACAUCUAAGCUGAAGAAUGCUAGGAUUGUGAGGCAAUUAGAGCUAACAGAUGCACCAGAUGGAGUAAAUUCCACUGGCAGCUUUCUGUUUCGCGCUAGGGCCCUGUUAGGAGACAUACAAGGGCCAAAGUUGCGCAUUGGCAGGUUCAUGCCCAAUGUGGACGCCAAGGGGGUUGGUCUCAAAAGUGCCGAAGCCGAGUUCGUUAACCUAAAAAAGGGUGACUUGUUCUCUUUCGACACUGCCGAUGUUAAGGGUGGCCGGACCCGCGUUCAGUUUGACUUCCCCGAUAUAUUGCGACAAUUGGAAGUGGGAAAUGUUAUCUCGCUGGACGACGGCAAUAUCUCGAUGCGUGUGGUAGAUGUGGACAAACAAGAGCCUUCAGUUCAAGCAGAGGUGUUAAAUGAUGGCAUCUUAUCAAGCCGUAAGGGUUUCGCUGUGCCAAACGUGGUUCUGCCAGUUGACCUGUUCAGCGCCAAAGACGUCAAGGACGCCGUAUUCUGCUAUACUGCGGGGCUUGAUUUCCUCGGAGUUAGCUUUGUCCAGAGAAUGCAGGACAUACUGUAUCUGAAGAACAUAUUGCUAGACUUUGCGGAGAGUCCAUUUUUCCAGGCACUGCGCGAACGCAUGGACCUGCUAGAUGCCAACACGCUCAACACGGACGAGGAGGACGCGGAGUUUGAGGCAAUUUUGGAACAAUACUACACGGAACGAUUUUUGCCGAACAAGCAGGCGAUGAUGACGAAGGUGCCUAAGCAGGAGGACGUGGGUAUAGGCAUCAUACCCAAGAUUGAGAAGCAGCCUGCGCUGGACGAUAUCAACGGCAUUUUGGAGGUUUCGGAUGGUCUCAUGAUAGCCCGUGGUGACCUGGGCGUCGAGACUGAGAUCACCAACUUGCCAAUCAUCCAGAAGCGGCUAGUCCAACUUUGCCGUCUCGUAUAUCGCAAACCUGUUAUCGUCGCCACGCAGAUGUUAGAGAGCAUGCGCUCUAACCCCAAGCCUACUCGCGCUGAAACUACGGACUGCGCAAACGCCGUUUACGACGGUGCAGAUGCCGUCAUGCUCUCUGCGGAGUCUGCAACAGGGCAGUACCCCGCGCACACGGUGGAGGUGCAGCGGAGGAUCCUGUACAACACAGAACGGGAUCCAUACUUUAGCACCUUACAAGUCACGCGGGAGAUGUUGGUGCACGACCAGAUGUUGUCCAAUCUAAAGGGCGUUCGUGCUAAAGAUGCGGAGAGCGCCAACACGCUUCUACAACUAGACCUGAAGUUUGCUAAGGACUGGAACACCAGGCACAGCGAUGUGUUAGCAGCUUGCGAGCAUGUGUCAAACGCUAUUGUGACCGAGGGUGUGGACGCGCUGUUCGUGCAUGCUGAGGACCGUGGUGAGCUUGUGCAAUGGGUGGCUACGAAGCGUUACACCAUUCCAAUUAUUCUGAUUACCCGCAACGUGGAGCUUGCGCGCCGCCUGCAGCUGACCUGGAGUGUUAAGUCACACCUUUUGCCCAGUGGUGCCAACCCUUUCACAUUCGCUCAAGAGCUAGCACCCAGCUACGUCCAACCGAAGCGAAAGGUGCUAAUGGUUGAAACACACGACAACGCAGUUGACUCUAGCAUUGUGUUUGAAGUCAAAUAA